GAAUAGGGCCACACUGACUCAGACACUCGAACGAAUCGGUCGCGGUUGUUUUUUCGGUUUUUGUUUGUCCAUAAGAAAGCCCUCUCGCAGCGAAGGAAAAUGCGCUCGGAAAAUCAGUCGUAGGCGGGGCGAAAAUAGCGGUUGCAGCGCCAAGCUUCUAACGGUUGUCCGGCCGGGAAGCGAAAAAGAGUGCGCGACACAAUUGAAAUUGCCGAAAAUGCGAGCGAGCAAAAGUGUCGAAUUCGGUGCGAAAAUCCGCGAAUAAUUUUAUGCGAUUUCCCGAGGAAAACGGGGAAAAUUAAGCGUCCGUCUGCUGCCGUGUGUCCGUGUGUGUGCGUGUCUGUGAGUGUAUAACAUAACAGAAAACAAAACAACAACAAAAACGACAGGGCAGCCAAGUCAGGAUCAACGGUUCUUCAGGGUAGUUUGUUUGAAUUUGAACAAAGCAAAGCAAAGCGGAGCAAACGCAAAAGCAAAGUUAAGCACACAAGAGCAGGAGUGAUAGAGAGCGCGACAGAGAGAAAUAAGAGGGGGAUAACGGGAGAAUACACCCCACUCACACACACCCGCUCUGCCCCUCGUCUUUGUGUGCGCUUUUGCCGCCUGGAAAUGCAAUGCUAGAGCACAAGCCACUACAGCAACAACAACAGCAACAGCAGGGAAGCGAUGGGAAGCAGGGGAGGAAGCAACAACAAUAAGAGCAACGCUUAACUGUCUGCAGCAUCGUCGGCCGAAAAAUCAGGCAAACGAUUGCAUUUAAGACGCCCUGCAAUACUUUCCAGUCGGAAGUGCACCAUCAACCCCACAAUCGACGCAAGGAAAUACCGAAUAUGCUCGUUUUUUCCACUCAAAAUGGAACAAAAUAAAUAAUAAGAAAAAAAAUCAUCCAAAUAAACUGAAACCGAGUAGUUGAACGACGAACGAAAAGCAAUCGAUAUCGAUAUACCAGCGAGCUAAAUACUAAGAAACCAUGGAUCUAAGUCUGGAACGCGAUAGCUCCGCGCUGGGUAGUCUCUUCCAGCAGAUCAUCAAUGACAUGAAGAACACUUCGCCACUGUGGGAGGACUUUGUGGCUAAGGCCGGAAAACUGCACACAUGCUUGAGGGCCGCCAUCCAGGCAAUCGCCGCCUAUUUGGAUGCCUUCCAAAAGAUAGCCGAUGCGGCGACCAAUUCAAGAGGCGCCUCCAAGGAGAUCGGCACUGCCCUGACCCGCGUCUGCCUGCGGCACAAGGCCGUGGAGACGCGUCUGAAGACCUUCACCAGCGCCAUCAUGGAUUGCCUGGUGCAGCCGCUGCAGGACAAGAUCGAGGACUGGAAGCGCACGGUGGCCACCAUCGACAAGGACCAUGCCAAAGAGUACAAGCGCUGUCGCAGCGAGCUGAAGAAGCGCUCCAGCGACACACUGCGCCUGCAGAAGAAGGCUCGCAAGGGGCAGACGGAUGGGCUGCAGUCCCUGAUGGACUCCCACAUGCAGGAUGUCACCCUGCGGCGGGCUGAGCUGGAGGAUGUGGAGAAGAAGUCUUUGCGUGCGGCCAUGGUGGAGGAGCGGCUGCGCUACUGCAGCUUUGUCCACAUGCUGCAGCCGGUGGUGCACGAGGAGUGCGAGGUCAUGUCCGAGCUGGGUCAUCUUCAGGAGGCCAUGCAGUCGAUCGCCCUGGUCACGAAGGAGCCCAGUGUGCUACCCCAGGCCUCCGAGGAGCUCAUCCACGAUGCCAAGGCCAGCAUUAAUCUGUACCCAGAGUCGCCGGGCGGAGGUUCUGGGUCGCAGGGCGGUGGAUGCUCCAACUCGCUGGGCUCUCGAAAGAGCUCCGUUUGCUCCAUCAGCAGCAUGAACAGCAGCGGCUCGAGCAACUCGCCGGGACACCACCACUAUCCGCGCUCCCUGUCGCAGUUUGUAACGCCCGCAAUUCGCUUGAAACCUGGUGAAUCCAGUGAUAGUGGCUUUUGCUCAUCGCCAGCUCUAACAACACAGACUUCGAAUGCAGCGAAUCAGACGGCAAGUGUAUCCACCUGGCCCCCACAUUCCCAGGACGUGGUGGACAACCUGCCACCGACCGCCGACCGUCCGCACACCAUUUCGACGGCCUACGAGAAGGGUCACCAGCGUCCGCCGCUGACCGUCUACACGUUCCAGAACCCGGAGACCAUUCACGAGUCGGGAAGCUGCCUGAACAACGGAUCCGGGCCCCCCAAUGGUCAGCCCUCGUCGGGACAGGCCACGCCGGCCACCCAGAAGUCUCCGGCUGCCUCACUUAGUCGGCCGCCCUUGCCAGUUAAGCCAGCCCACGUGCGCUGUUCCUCGCUGGAGCGACCGCUUUCGGCCCAGAGUAACCACCGCCAGGGAAGCGGGAGCAACCUGCUGCAGCGCCAGUGCCCCUCACCGAUUCCGGCUCAUAUCACGAAAGAGCUGUCCGCAGCACACCAUGCACAGCAGCAGCAAAGCCAGCAGCCCCAGACGCCGCCCACCUAUGUGAACAUGUCCGAGCUGGCCACCAUGGCGGCCUUGAAGCUGACCAACCAGCAGCAGCAGCAGAAGCCCUCUCCACCGCCCCUGCAGCAGCAGAGCUCCAUCGAUUCGACCGGCUCCCAGCAUUCCAACGACUCCUCCGGCUCGCAUCAGCUCCUCCAGCAGCAGCACCAUCAGCAGCAGCAGCAGCAUCACUCGCAGCCGAAUCACCACUCAGCCACCGCCACACGCUCCCAUUCCAUAUCCUCGACGGCCUCGUCACUGCACUCGCAUCCGUCGAUCGACUCCACCGUCGCUUGCGGCUCGUUGGUGGGCCAGCCCAACCACAGCACCAGCACCAACACGAACACCACCUCGCCGUCCAGUGGCAGCUCCACGCCACAGAACCAUUACUCGCCCCUGCUAACCAACUCCCCCACGUCCACUGCCGCAGGUACUCCGAGCGGCAGCAGUGUAGGUCCCGGUUCCGCACUGGGAUUUGUCUACCAGGUCAGCUCCCCGACGCCUCCAUCCAGCGAGGUGCUGAAGAUCACCGAGCAGACGGCAGCUGGGCAGGAUCAGGGGUCGGUGAACAGCGGCGUAGAGGAUGCAGAUGAGCGGUCGCGGGCCUCUGUUCUGCAGAAGGCCUCCAUGUUCGAGAAGGCAGCAGCAGCGGCAGCGGUCUCGCCCCCGGCUCCGAAUCAGUCACCAGCAGCAUCUUCUCCAGCUUCGGGGGGCGGAGGACGACGAUCCGAGGCGGAGCAGCAGGAAAUGGACAAGUCUUUCGAAGAUUCAAUACAAGCACUAAAUAAUUUAAUUGGCGAACUAGACUCGUUCCAACGCGAGAUCGAUGAGGGCAAGGGCAAGCCGGUGAGCAGCAUAAUCAGCAGCAGCAACAACAACAAUACGACGACCAGCAGCAACAGCAGCAGCGACAACAACAACCUGCCCGCCACCAACAGCCACAUCGAGCCCUGCGCCAUCAGCAAUCAGACAAAUUCGAGCGGCUGCGGCACGGACAUAUCGGACACCACCUCCGACGAACUGGCCGGCGACGAAAUGGACGCCAGGCGGCAGGAUCGGGAUCGGGACAUGCUGGGCGCCAGCGAUUCGGAGCUGAGUCGCUGCUAUGUGAGCGAGACGAGUUCGCUGACCGGUGGCCUAACGGCCGGCGGCUAUGAGAAUCCCACCUUUGCGCACUUUGUGGCCAAUGCGAACCGGGAGGAUGUCGUUUCGCUGGAUGCCUCCGACAGCGUCUGUCUGGGCCAACCGCGCCACGCCUACGUGGACACGUGCAGCGACAGCGGCAGUGCCGUGGUGGUGAUCUACGAUCAUCAGAUACCCAACACCCCUGACAUUGAGUUCGUGAAGCAGAACUCGGAGAUCGUGGUGCUGCGGACGAAGGAUCCGCAGCCGCAAACCCUGCAGCUGCACGAGAUGCGCGAGCUGCAGCAGCUGCCGGCCAAUCUGGCCGGUUCGCCGGACUCCUCGCCGGACUCGUCUGGUGGCCAGGCACCGGCGACAGCAACUGUGGCGCCCGCCAAGCAGCGACUCUCCUCGUUUCGCGCCACCAGUGAGCAGCAGCUGCAGCUCCUCGGACGCGGAAGUCCGCAAAGAGGUAAAGCAACCGGUGAGCAGGCGGCACAGGACCAGCAUUUCCCAGCACAGGCCCAACCCCAGCAGCAGCAGCAGCAGGAUAGUGAUGGCAUUAGCCAGCCAGUAGAUCCCAUAAGGCGGCAGCUGCCGCCCAAGCCCACCAACUUGAGCAUUUUCAAUGGGCCCGCGCCCAGUGUGGGAGAUAGGCCCCUGGUGCCCCGAAAGUCGGACUUUAAGGCCGAUCUAGACGCGAAAAUACGCAGGCAAAAGCAGAAGGUUAAACAGCAGUUGCAGCAGCAACAGCAGCAGCAGCAACAAUCGCCGCAGCAGCAGCAAGCACCACAAGAACCGCAACACUCACCACAGUCGCCCCCAACCAGAAACUGUAAUGUCACUAAUAGCCCAGCCGCCAAUGUUACUGCAUCCGCAUCCGCAUCUGCAUCUGCAUCUGCAUUCACCGACCAAACUCAUAGAAUGCCAAUCCAAAGUCAGACAGCCACAUUCAAUCACAAGCAAUGCAAGACGCCCGCAACUAUGGCCCUGUCAUCGCCAUCGUCACCAUCUCGCGGCCAUCUAGCAUCCGCAUUAUCAUCGUCAUCGCUAUCGUCAUUACCAUUACCAGCCACCACAUCAUCGCCAUCAAAUGCUCCGCCAUCGAUGUUGCCCGCCAGUGACCACCGACCACCCGCCCAUCCAUAUGUGUGCUCCACUGCCCCAGCCAAUCCCCAUCAUGCCAAUAGCUUUGGCAAUGCCAAUGCCAGUCUCAAGCCGUGCAUUACGCCCCGGCCGGCCUCGUUGUCGGGAGGAGGAGCAGGCGGUGGCUCCACGCGCAUCGCACGUCGUUCGUCCAUCAACCAGGCCAAGCCACCGCCGCCAGUGAGACGCAGCUCGUCGGUGACCCCCAGUCCCAAUGCCUCGGUCGGGCUGCAGCACCAGCAACCACAACAGCAACAGCACGCCAAUCUGCUGCAGCAGAAUCACCAGCUAAGCAGCUCCAGCGAGCACUUGCCACCGCCGCCGGCCUUCAUGCUGGACGCCGUGCCCCAGAUGCCCAGCUCAGCGCUGAAGGUGUCGGAGACGGUGAGAGCCCUGGCAGCCAUGCGGCACCAGCCGGCAUCGCCUGUGUCGCUCAGACGCAUGCAGCAGCAGCAGCAGCAACAGCAGCAGCAACAGCUACACCAGCAACACGUGCAGCAGCAGCAGCAACCCCUCCUGCAGUCUGUGCACCACAAUCCCCUGAACGAUGACCCGACCGUCUACUACGACUCCUACUUGGACCUGCACGCCUAUGCCCAGGCCCUGGCCAAUGGCCAGCAGAUGUCCCAGCAGCAACGCUUAACCCACCAGCAGCAGCAGCAGCAAAAUCACUAUCUGCAGCAGCAGCAGCAAAAUCACUAUCUGCAGCAGCAGCAGCUGCAACAUCAGCCAGCGCAACAACCGCCUGUUUAUCAAGCGCCGCCGCCUGUCGAUGCCACGUUCCGCACUUCAUCACCAGCCGCUGGCGGAGGGGGCGGCGGCAUCUACGCCCAGCCCAAGCUGGUCAACAGCAUGUCCAGCUUCCGCACCAGCAGCCCCAGUCCCAACGGACACGCUCACCCACUGCCACCGACACAGCCAAAGACGAAUCCGAACCUAAUUGCACAGCUCAAUGCACGACUCAGCGGCAAGCAGCAGCAGCCGCACCAGCAGCAGCAGCAGCAGCAGGUCGAGGGGAUCUAUGGCAACCAACAGGCGCCCGGAGGAGAGUCCAUCUACAUGCGCAGUGGCUUGUCCAUGUCGCAGCCGCCACAGCAGCAACACUAUGACGGUAAAUCAUCAAACCAAAUGCAGCAGCAGCAGCAUAGAAUUUACGCUAGUUUCGGCACCUCAUCAUCAGCAAAGUCAUCGGCCCCUGUGGCGAACAGCAGCACUAAACAACCGUCCAUUCUAACACCGACCGCCUCUUUCAAUGCAUUGCCCCACUUCCCCCUGUCUUCAUCCACAUCAUCGUUGCUAUCCAAAGUAGGCUCAUUCUCGAACUCUUCAUCCGCAUCCGCAUCCCCACCGCCAACGGCAGCGGCCUCCGGCUCGGCCAACUCGCAUUAUCAGCCACCGCAGCCGCCGACAGCAGCAGUUGCUGGCAGCAAAGACUUUGCCAUCUACUCAAGUUCGUUUACCAAAAAUCCAGCAGCUGCGCAAGCGCCGAACAUGCGACAGGCCCAUUCCCAUCAGCAGCAGCAACAGCAGCAGCACUACACCUGCCCGCCUCCACUGGAGGAUCCCCCACCGCCGCCCAUUUACGCCGCCGGCGCAUCGGCCACGAUGCCCAAGAAGAUGGCCCGCCCGCCCACUGGCCAGCAGAAUGCGCAUGCGGCCCACCCGAGCGCCUAUGCGGCAGCCACGGCCACGCUGCCCAAGAACAUGGUGCAGCAGCAGCAGCGCUUGCAGCAACAGCAACACCAGCAGCAGCAAUAUCAACAGCCGGCAGGCCUGGGCAUUGGCAAUGGCAAUGGCAAUGGCCACUUGGCUCAGCGUCCGCAGUUGCCGCUGCCCCAGCAGAAGCUGCGGGCUGCACAGCAGCAACACUUGGCGGAGCAGCAGCAGCAGCAUCAGCAACGCCAGCCGCCCAUACCUUCACGCCACUCGAGUGUGCAGCAAAAGAUAUUCGUCUCGACAAACCCAUUCAUACAGACAACGGCCGUCAAGUUUCACUCGCCCUCUGCCUCGCCCACUUGCGGCUCGCCAGUAACUGGAUCUGGGUCGGGAUCUGGGUCCCUGGCCAGCAUUUACGCCACAACCUCGCGCGGAGGCCACCACCAGCAGCAGCAGCAACAUGCUCACCAGCAGCAACUGCAGCAUCAGCAGCAGCAGCACUACUAUCGCGAUGUUGCUGGGGGCAACAGCAAUGGCGGCAAUGCCUACUAUAACCACAAUGCCCAUGCCCAUUCCCAGGCACAUCAUUCAAACUAUGCCACAAGCACAAAUAUCGAAAAGACUGGCAGUAUUCGGGCCAAGACCAAGGCCGAGUUCCUCGAGAAUCUCAACGCGAAGCUGGCGAAGCAGGGAAUGUCUGGACGAGCAUUUGCCGUGCGAAAUCUCAUUAACAGCAAGGCCCUGCCGGACCCUCGUAUAUGUCACGAGUCGCUAAUGGAUCAGAUCAAGCGUGGAGCCACUUUAAAGCGUAACCAGAAGAUCAACGACCGCAGCGCUCCCAAAAUACAUUGAAUUAACCUAUAGGCUUAAGCGGAAUAACAUAUUUAUUACCAUAAUAAUUAAUAUACGCAUAAUCAAGAGGCCCGACGCCUGCUCGAUUGCAGGGCUCUGCAGAGUUUGGUUUGAAACUGAAAACUCGAAACACAACAUACAACUUAAAUACAUAUGAUUACGAUACCACAUAUUCGAUAUACGAUAUUUAACAAGCGCAUUAAGCUUAACUCGAACUAAUCAACACCUUUCUUGAUUUCCUAUAUCCCAAAAAUGUGUCCGAAAGGCCUUCUUUGUUAAGUGAAUACAAAAAUGGAAGACAGUUAGCACUCGUAUGUUUAUUAAUAUCCAAACUCGAAUUUAUCUUUAGUGAGCAUCUGUUAAAGGAUAUUUUAUGUUUAUGUAUCUACCAUAUUUAUAAUUUCCCUUGCUUAUGUACAUACAUAUGAAUAUGAUUUUAACAAACACUCGAAACUAAUCUGACGCCUAAUAAAUGGAAUUUAUCGUAAAA